AUGUUCCCCGGGACUUUGCUUUUCAUGAUCAUACUCAUCUCUCAGAUUAAAGAAAAGGUAAUCCUUGGAGUGGAGGGCCAAGAACUGGUGUAUCCGAAAAGGCUUCCUCUGAUGCAGAAGAGAGAUGUUUGGCACAUCCACGAUUAUGACAUACAGGAAACUUAUGAAGAAGAAUUGUUGUAUGAACUAAAGCUAACUAGAAAAACCUUAAUACUUCACCUUUUAAAAUCAAGGGAGUUCCUAGCCUCAAAUUACAGUGAAACCUACUACUCUAUAAAAGGAGAGGCCGUCACCAGCUACCCUUCCACCACGGAUCACUGUUUUUACCAAGGAUCCAUCAUACAUGAAUUUGAUUCUUCUGCCAGUAUCAGCACAUGUAAUGGUCUGAGGGGAUUCUUCAGGGUAUAUAACCAAAGGUACCUCAUCGAACCAGUGAAAUAUUCAGAUGAGGGACAACAUUUUGUGUUCAGAUAUAAUCCAAAGGCACAGUUCGCUGCCAAUUAUUCUUGUACGGAACUCAAUUUUACCAGGACAACUGAUCCGAAAGAUGCUAUUAAAAUCAUGGAAGACCUCAAAACAGAAAACACCCAUAAAGAAAAGUAUGUGGAACUGUUCAUUGUUGCUGAUGAUAACGUGUGUCGCAGGAAUAAUCAUCCUGACAGUAAAAUAAGGAAUCGAAUUUGGGGAAUGGUCAAUUUUGUCAACAUGAUUUAUAAAACCAUGGACAUUCAUGUGACAUUGGUUGGCCUUGAAAUGUGGACAAAUGGAGAUAAAAUAGACAUAGAUUCAAAUAUGGAAAAUACCUUAUUGCGUUUUUCAAGUUGGCAAGAAAUAUUCCUUAAAAAAAGGAAUAAUUUUGAUCACGUUCUGUUACUCAGUGGGAAGUGGCUCUACACAAAUGCACAAGGAAUUUCUUAUCCAGGGGGUAUAUGCCUGCCUUAUUAUUCCUCCAGUGUCAUUAAGGAUCUUUUACCUGACCUAAAUGUAGUCGCAAGCAGAAUUGCACAUCAGCUGGGGCAUAGCCUUGGGAUGAAGCAUAAUGAUUACCCGUGUACUUGUACUUUUGAGAGAUGCGUGAUGGAUCACGGUGGAAGCAUUCCGGCACUAAAAUUCAGUAAAUGCAACAGAAUUCGGUACCUGCAACACGUGAAGGAUUACAAUCCCACGUGCCUGUUCAAUGUCCCACUUUCUGAUAAGCUAAGUGAUUACCCGUAUUGUGGAGACAAGAAGUUGGACGAAGGAGAAGAGUGCGACUGUGGCCCUGUUCAGGAGUGCAGCAAUCCUUGCUGUGAUGCAAACAAAUGUGUGUUGAAGCCAGGAUUUACUUGUGCUGAAGGAGAAUGUUGUGACUCUUGUCGGAUGAAAAAAUCAGGGUCCAUGUGCAGGCCAGCAAAAGAUGAAUGUGAUUUUCCUGAAGUGUGCACGGGCCACUCUUCUGCAUGUCCUAUGGACAAAUUCCAAGUAAAUGGCGUUCCUUGCAAGAAUGCAAAAGGUUACUGCUUCAUGGGGAAAUGCCCCACCCGGGAUGAUCAGUGCUCUGAACUCUUUGAUAAUGAGGUGAAAGACAGUUCUGAUCUCUGCUAUGAGAUGAAUAAAAAGGGAAAUAGAUUUGGAUACUGCAAAAAUAAGGAAAACGGAUUAAUUCCCUGCGAAGAGAAAGAUGUCAAAUGUGGGAAGAUACACUGCAGCAGAGGGAAGCACUCGUCUCUACCUGGAGAAGAAAAGAUCAAUCACCUUAAGAAGGUUUCAAAGAAGAAUGUCACUACUGAGUGCAAAACUUUUAGUUCAUACCGCAAUUCUAAAGAUUUGGGCCUGGUUGCUUCUGGAACAAAAUGUGGAGAUAAAAUGGUGUGCAGCAAUGGUGAAUGUGUGAAACUCGAAAAGGUCUACAAUUCAACCAAUUGCUUGUCUCUGUGCAGUGAAAAUGCUGUGGAUGGCCCUGAACGUCAGUGCCAGUGUGAGGAAGAACAGGAACAUGUGGACUGGGGAGAAAACUUAAAUGCUACCAAUAUAUCCAUCCUGGUUGUUGUGCUUGUCCUGGUGAUUGUUGGUGUAGGGGUUGUGGCAUUAUUAAUUCGUUACCAAAAAUGUAUUAAGCUGAAGCAAAUCCAGAGCCCACCAAGAGAGACACUGGGAGUGGAGAAUAAAGGAUACUUUGGUGAUGAGCAGCAGACAAGGACUGAGCCCAUCUUUCCCAACAUUCAUCCCCUCCACCAAAGAACUGCAGAGUCCUUGGAAAGACUUCCAACCAGUUUUUCAAGUCCGCACUACAUCACACUGAUAUGCACAAUUUAUGCAUUCCAGAAAUCUGCAAAUAAAGACCUAAGAGGAAUCGCAGAUCCCAGUCAACGUGCCAAAGAGAGCUUGAAACUGGAUAUCCAAAAUGGCUGUGCAAGGCUAGGCUGAGGAUUCUGGAUGAAAGAUCUUCACAACCCUCCCUUGAUACUUGCUACACAAAUUUCUGGUAGUUUUUCGAAAGUUCUUAUCAAGACAGAAAAUGUUGAUGAGAAGCAACUUCUUUCUGUAAUCUUUACCUGUAGAAUUUACAGCCUGUAGUGUAGACAUAUGCUACAAAAAGAUUCUUGGCGUUUUUCCAAUGACUAAUACAAUAUAAUACAAUAACAAGACUAAUACAAUAGACUAAUACAAAAUAGUCUCCUUGCUCUCGUAUUUCCUAAAGAAUGUCAAUCUGGUUACUUUAAAAAAGACUCUUAACCUUGAGGAUAUUAAAUUACACCCCUUAGUCUAAGAAGCAAAACACUUCUUAUAAAAGUUUAUUUCUUUGGAAUCCUAAAACUACUGAACCUUAAUUGGAAUAUGACACGAUUGCCACUAAUUCUGGUUUAAAUGAAGUUCUC